ACCGGCCAGCCCGCCUGCGCGCAGGUGAGAGAGCCCGGGCGGGGCGGAGCGCAGCGCUGCCCGUGCCAGGCCCCGGCGCCCGCGGGCGGCACCGCCUCGAACCCGGAGCCACAGCCGUUCUCCCCGCCGCGGCCUAGGCGCCCCGGAGCCAUGGAGGGCCUGAGCUGCGGGCUCACACUGCCGCUGCUGGGGGCCCUGCUGCUGGGAGCGGCGCGCCCGCCGGGCGCCGCGGAGGCUUAUAUUCUCGGUCUGCCCCCUACGCUCAACAUCACGAUGGAAAUAAAGCCGGGGCCCCUGCCUCUGCCAGUGAAUCCCUGUUACCUGCUCACAUCUGGAAAACGCACGAGCACGCUGCUCAUCAAACCGGGAGACAGAGUGGAACUUCUUUUCUCCUGUCAUAAUCCAGAGGCUCACUUUGUCAUUGAAGUCAAAAGGUACAUCGACUGCACAGCAAACCCGUGUCCUUUGGGGGAGUUCCAGCUGCGGCCCCUGAUAGCCAUGCUGCCCCCCCUCAACCGAACGUUCAUCUGGGACGCCCACGCUGGCAAGAGCGCCAGCCUGGAGCUGGGCUUCAGGCCUCGCCUCAGGCAGAUCGGGCGCGAGGACAGCUGCCCCGACAGAGUCACCUACACCGUCAGCGGCCACAUCGGCGCCACCGAGGUCCGGAUCGGGACCUUCUGCAGCAGUGGCACCGUGUCCCGGAUCAAGAUGCAGGAGAGCGUCAAAGUGACCCUGCAGCUGCCGUGGUUCGACAACAGGCCCUCCUCCGGCUUCAGCAUGGCCAGCCGGUCAUCCAUAAAACGACUGUGCUUCAUCGAAUCUGUGUUUGAGGGCGAAGGCUCGGCAACCCUGAUGUCCGCCAACUACCCGGGUAACUUCCCUGAGGAUGAGCUGAUGACGUGGCAGUUUGUCAUCCCCGCGCACCUGCGGGCCAGCGUCUCCUUCCUCCAGUUCAACAACUCCAACUGCGAGAAGAAGGAGGAGCGCGUGGAGUACUACAUCCCGGGCUCCACCACCAACCCCGAGGUGUUCAAGCUGGCGGACAAGCAGCCGGGGAACAUGGCCGGGAACUUCAACCUCUCUCUGCAAGGCUGCGACCAGGACGCCCAAAACCCGGGGACUUUCCGGCUGAAGUUUCAAGUUUUGGUCCAAAGCCCACAAAAUGAAAGCAAUGUGACCUACGAGGUGGACUUGAGUAACGAGCGAGCCAUGUGGGUCACCAUCGAGCCGAGGCCCGUGAAGCUGAGCCGCCGGUUUGUGCCCGGCUGCUUCGUGUGCCUGGAGUCCCGGACCUGCAGCACCAACCUCACCCUGGCGCCCGGCGCCCGGCACCGCAUCUCCUUCCUCUGCGACGACCUGGCGCGCCUCUGGGUGAACGCGGAGAAAACCAUAAGCUGCACGAACCACCCGUACUGCCACAGGAGGUCCUACUCCCUGCAGGUGCCCAGCAACAUCCUCCAGCUGCCCGUGCAGCUGCAUGACUUCUCCUGGAAGCUGCUGGUGCCCAAGGACAGGCUCAGCCUGGCGCUGGUGCCGGCCCAGAAGCUGCAGCAGCACACGCAGGAGCGGUUCUGCAACACCAGCUUCAGCUACCUGGUGACCGGCGUUGGCACCGGCCCCGGCCAGGACCUCCACUUCGGCUCCUUCUGCGCCGGAGGCGCCAUCGAGCAGAUCCAGGUGAAGCAGAACGUCGUGGUGACCCUGCGCACCUUCGCCCCCAGCUUCCAGCAGGAGCUCUCCGGGCAGGCCCUGACCGUGACCCUCAUACCCCACUUCAAAGAGGAAGGUAUUUUCACGGUGACCCCGGAUAUGAAAAGCAAGGUCUACCUGAUGACCCCUAACCGGGAGCGGGGCCUGCCGCCCCUGGCCUCGGUGUCCUGGAACAUCAGCGUGCCCGGCGACCAGGUGGCCUACCUGACCUUCCUGCGGGAGCGGACCGGCCUGGUGUGCCAGACAGGGCGCGCCUUCAUGAUCACCCAGGACCAGCGGACCAAGGCCGAGCAGGUGGUCAGCCUGGAGGACGUGCUCCCCAAGUCCAGCCCCCACCAUCACAACUUCUGGGUCAACAUCUCCAACUGCAGCCCUGUGAGUGGCAAGCAGCUGGACCUGCUCUUCCAGGUGUCGCUCACCUGGAGAACGCUAAACAUGACUGCCAUCCUCAUCGCCGUGGUGGGAGGGGGCGCCUUGCUGCUGUUGGCCCUCGGACUCAUCAUCUGCCUUGUAAAAAAGAACAGGAAAAAGAAGAUGAACAAGGGCCCGGCCGUGGGUAUCUACAACGGCAACAUCAACACCCAGAUACCCAUGCAGCCCAAGAAGUUCCCGAACGCACAGAAGGACAACGACGCCCACGUGUACGCCAUCAUCGACGACACCAUGGUGUACGGGCACCUGCUGCAGGACUCCAACGGGUCCUUCGUCCAGCCCGAGGUGGACACCUACCGGCCCUUCCAGGGCCCCACAGAGGACUGCCCUCCCUCCUUCCUCAUCUCGUAUUCCAAGGUCCCGACUGUAAAGCUGACCACAGAGGAGUCGUCCCCUGGCUUCCCUCCCGAGACUGACAGCGAACCCUACACCUUCUCCCAUCCCAGCAAGCGGAACGGAAGCGACGGGAACACAGACGUCCCCUUGCUGGAUGCCCACGAGCCAGCGGAGACUGGGGAAUAGCUCGGCCCCGUCCCAAAGACUGUGCGUAAGGCAGGGCACUGAGACGUCCUGUAGGGCGCUCAUCAGAAACCCUAAAGGGGAGGAAUUGUGGGGAAGGAACAGCAGGAGGUUUUCCAGGACGCCGCCAACUUCUCGUUUCCAAGUGGACUCAUUCCGAUGAUGAAGACGUUGAAAAUGAUGAGUUCUGGUCUGGAUACAGUCAUCACGGCCCGUGUCCUUCUAAACUCGGUUGGGUUAGACACCAGCCCGUAAUGAGAGAGACGUGUGAGCCACCCCGGUACAGGGUUGCAACCAGCCCCUGAUUGGGGUCUGGACCUCUGUGUGAGGCGGGGGCGUUCUACCUACACGCCCUCCUGACACGGCAGGAGAGACGACACAACGAUCCAGCCCACCGGUGCGCUUCGUUUAGCUAAGUCUUUUUUUUCAGAAUUGAUUAUAAACAUUUAAAACGAUAAAAUGUUUACGUACCAAUCCAGAUCCUUAGGCCUGGCCACGCUGGGACUCACGGUCCCACCCAGCAAUGGCUGCAUGGAGGAACAGCGCCACUGCAGCUGGGGCAUCUGGUCUACCAGCUCCCACGGUUCCCACCACGCCCUGUUGCCUCCCGCGCUGAGGCUCAUUGUCUGUUCCCAGCGAUCCACAUCCCCGCAGAGUUGCUUCUCCCAUAAUGAAAGGAGACGUUUGGGACCUGUAUCUCGGAUCAAAUGGGAAGACGGGCCUCGAGGCUGGCGUGUGCCUCAGGAACGUUUUCUCACUCACAGGCCACAGCCCUGGUCGACUGUAGUUGCCAGCCUGGCUCCGGUGGGUGUCUGCCUUUGGGGGCCCCUGCUCAGUCCUCCCGGGGCAGAACCCCCUUUGAAAAGUGAGUGCGCUUCCUCGAGUUCGGUGAGUUCACCUUGGACUUGUUCAAGCGACGGCUGGACUUGUUCCCGUGCUACUUUGCCUCCAUGAAAAGGAGUUCUGCAGUCUCCUCCGUGGUGUGUAUUCCGAGGCCUCUUGAACUCUUUCCAAAAGGAAGAGAUUGGUGUGUGUGUGUGUGUGUGUGUGUGUGUGUGUCAUUGUGCCCUCAGCGCUGCUCGGCCUAUGGCACCUUUCUCUUCUGAAAGGCUGGCUCCUGCACAGUCCCCGGUCCCCGAUCUCUUUCCCCCAAACCCCCCGGCCUUGGCCUCCCAACCUGAGAUGCUGACGGUCCCUGUCACUCCGGAUCAAAGCUGUGGCGUCCUUCCCUCCACUGAAAUCACACCGUUGUUUAAAAUCACCGGUUUAGCCCUGGCCCUCCAUUCCCUACCUCCCCUUGCCUCCUGGUUGGCUGGGUGGGUGCUCUGCCUUCUGCCCCAAAGCGUGGCUGGCCGUCUUUGGUGUGGCUGUCACCGCACACAUCCCCUUGAAUGACAAGGGUCCCACGUGGCCUUUUCCUUCUGACCGAGCGCGCCACAGCGCAGGCCGACUCGCUGUCUUCCGAGACCCGGCUGGAUCUCACGUGUUCUGAAGCUACGCCUCCUGGAAGGUGCCCGCCCGACGUGCUCCCGGCUCCUUCCACCCCAAUGCUUAACUGGGAAUAAUUUAUUUGUUAUCGUUUUUAAGUAGCAUUUUAUUUCCUAGACUUUUUUAAAUAAACACAUGAACAACAA